CCCGCAGCGCCCCCUCAAUUGCUCUUUCCAGCCCCCGCGGACGCUUAGCAACAGUCGCUAAGGCCGAAGACUGGCACCGCCCCCCGCGCGCGAACACGUCACUUCCGCCGGCGACCCCUUCCCGACCCUGCUUCUCCCCCACCCCCCACAACCUUGUCGAAGGAUCGGGGCGGCCCGGAGCGGUGCUUGCAGGUGCACGCGGGAGCCUGGGGGCUGCCAUGGCCCCCAGCCACCUGUCGGUGCGGGAGAUGCGGGAGGACGAGAAGCCGCUGGUGCUGGAGAUGUUAAAGGCCGGCGUGAAGGACACCGAGAACCGCGUGGCCCUGCACGCCCUGACGCGGCCGCCCGCGCUGCUGCUCCUGGCGGCGGCCAGCAGCGGCCUCCGCUUCGUGCUGGCCUCCUUCGCGCUGGCCCUCCUGUUGCCCGUCUUUCUCGCCGUGGCCGCCCUGAAGCUCGGCCUGCGGGCACGGUGGGGCUCGCUGCCCCCGCCCGGCGGCCUGGGGGGCCCCUGGGUGGCCGUGCGGGGCUCGGGCGACGUGUGCGGCGUCCUGGCCCUGGCCCCGGGCACCCACGCCGGGGACGGGGCCCGCGUCACCCGCCUCUCGGUUUCCCGCUGGCACCGGCGCCGCGGGGUGGGCCGGAGGCUGUUGGCCUUCGCCGAGUGCCGCGCGCGGGCCUGGGCCGGGGGCAUGGGGGAGCCCCGCGCACGGCUGGUGGUCCCCGUGGCCGUGGCCGCGUGGGGCGUGGCGGGCAUGCUGGAGGGCUGCGGCUACCAGGCGGAUGGGGGCUGGGGCUGCAUGGGCUACACGCUGGUGAGGGAGUUCAGCAAGGACCUGUGAGCGAGGGCCACUGUCCUCCACUGCCCCAGGCCCAGGCCCCAGGGAACCGCGGUGGGGGCGGGGGGGGGGGGGUAGAGGU